CAAUCAAUGAAAGAUUCUGAUUCACCAUUGACGAGAAAUUCAAAAACAUCUACGCGCCUACAAAACGCGUUUUCUCCAAACGCUCCACUUUGCUCCGCCGUUCACCACCGCCCUCCGCCGUUAGAACCGCCACCGGAAAACACACACUAUAACCAUAACGUCGAGUGUGUGUUAGUUCAUAGAGUUGACACUUAUACAUACAUAAACAGAUACAUCCGCAUCAAGAGAGAGAGAGGAGCAAUUCUAGAGAGAGAAAGUAGUCAGUUACUUCAUCUUUUGGUGUGGUGGAGUUGCAGGAUUUAAAAGGAAUUGUGAUGGAGUCGAUUUAUUGACUCCAAAAUGAAGAUUUGUCGAUCGUUUGGUGGAUGCUUUUUUCUGCUUUUGGUGUUUUUUGUUCAAAAAGGGAAUGUGACUGCUAAAGCUUUCACAGGGACUUAUGGUAUAAACUACGGAAGACUUGCAAACAAUAUCCCUUCUCCUAAGCAAGUUGUUCGCCUUCUUAAAGCCGCUAAGAUAAAAAAUGUACGAAUUUACGAUUCUGAUCAUAGUGUUCUCGACGCAUUUAGUGGAAGCGGUCUCGAUCUAGUUAUCGGAGUUAAUAACGGAUUAGUGAAAGACAUGAGCGACAAUGCCGAUCGUGCCCUCAAUUGGGUCAAAGAAAAUGUGCACGCAUACGUCCCAAACACGCACAUUGUAGGAAUUGCAGUCGGAAAUGAGGUUCUCGGAAGCGGUGAUCUGGAUCUCGAGUCAGCCUUAUAUGGUGCGGUUAGAAACAUUUAUAACGCAACACGGAAACUGCAACUGGAUCGCGUAGUUCAGAUAACAACCGCGCAUUCGCAGCUUGUGUUUUCUAAUUCGUACCCGCCGUCGUCAUGUGUGUUUAAAGAAGAGGUUGUUCAAAACAUGAAGAGGCUUCUAGAUCUAUUUACGCAAAUCGGGUCUCCGUUUUGCUUAAAUGCGUAUCCGUUUUUGGCUUACAUGGGUAAUCCGGAUCAUAUCGAUAUUAAUUACGCUCUUUUUAAACCAACCGACGGGAUAUACGACGAAAAGUCAAAACUUCAUUACGAUAACAUGCUUGACGCUCAGAUCGAUGCGGCUUACGCUGCACUUGAAGAUGCGGGAUUUAGUAAAAUGGAAGUUAUAGUGACGGAAACAGGAUGGGCGUCUCAUGGAGAUGAAAAAGAAGGUGCGGCUACACCGGCGAAUGCGAGAACGUAUAAUUAUAAUUUGCGGAAACGGCUUUCGAAAAGAAAGGGGACUCCGAGACGGCCGAAAUCUAUGUUGAAGGCCUAUGUUUUCGCUUUGUUUAAUGAGAAUUUGAAGACGGGUGCUGGUUCUGAACGGAACUUUGGGUUGUAUAAACCUGAUGGGAAGAUUGCGUAUGAUAUCGGGUUUCCUGCAUUGAAGUCUUCGUCAACUUCAUCUCGUUUUUCGAUCAAGGAACUUGGACUUCAAUCUUGGCAUUCAUCCUACAUAUUGGUUGUAACUGCAUGUUCAUCAGCUUUAUAUCUGUUUCUAAGAUCAUAAAGUGGUUCCCUCAUCGCCAACCCUUCUAAGCUAGGAUUUGGUACCAAAUGCUGCACGAUUGAGCUCAUUACCGAAGAUUAUAUCUAUAUCCUCCGAACCUGAAAUAAGUGCCCACUUUGGUUAAGUUAUAAUCUACUGACCACAUAAGACAUAGUUUACAACUAAAGUUAGACAAGAAUUUAUGCUGUAAAGGCCAACUUGGGCAGUUAUUUGAUCAUGGAUAAUUAAUGUUUCUACAGUUUUGAUUAUAAGUUGUCACUUAUGGUAAUAAACCUAGCAUGUUGUUGGUCGUUAAACAAUGUUUGUCUAUUUCGAGCUUAUGUGCUUA